AUUGGGAUACAAAGAUGCACUGGAGAAGGAUAAAUCUGAUUACAGGAACAAGUGACGUCACUGUCGAAUGGACAAUUUCUGAUGACGUCACACCAGGAACAUAUCGUAUCAAACAUUUUGGAAACUUUAAAUUUUUAUUAGGAGGAAUUUUCCCAUACGAAGGAACCAGUAACGCUUUCCAAGUUUUGUAAAAAAAAUCAUAAAAUUAAAAUUUGACUGAUGUAAAAUGAAUGAAAUUUUAAAGGAUU